AGACACGUAAGGGGAGCAGACCUCGUGUCCAAAGUGGGCAAAACGGUGACCCAGCCCGGAACUAGUGACAGUCCAGUGGGGGAGAGUGCGCUGAAGGGACCUAGUGGAGGGACUUGCUGCACUCGAACCUGGUACCGCCGGCCCUAGGAAAUGGCAGCAGCCAGGGCUAGCCUGGGCCGGAUCCUCCCAGAGUCCUCCAUCCUGUUCCUAUGUGACUUACAGGAGAAGUUUCGCCCUAGCAUAGCCUACUUCCCACAGAUCGUGUCAGUGGCUGCUCGGAUGCUUAAGGUGGCCCGGCUGCUAGAUGUCCCCAUUUUGCUGACAGAGCAGUACCCAGAAGGCCUGGGCCCCACAGUUCCUGAGCUGGGCGCUCAGGGCAUUCGGCCAGUGAGUAAGACCUGCUUCAGUAUGGUGCCCGCCUUACAGAAGGAGCUAGAUGGCAGGUCCCAGCUUCAGUCUGUGCUACUCUGUGGCAUCGAGACCCAAGCCUGCAUCUUGAACACAGCUCUGGACCUACUUCACCGGGGACUGCAGGUUCAUGUAGUGGUGGAUGCCUGUUCUUCUCGAAGCCAGGUUGACCGGCUGGUGGCACUGGCCCGGAUGAGACAGAGUGGAGCUUUCCUCGCCACCAGCGAAUCGCUCAUUCUGCAGCUCGUGAGGGAUGCCUCCCACCCCCAGUUCAAGGAGAUUCAGAAGAUCAUUAAGGAGCCGGUCCCGGACAGCGGGCUGCUGAGCCUCUUCCAAGGCCAGAGCCCCCUCACCUCUUGCUGAACUCCAGGCCAUGACUGAGACAACAGACUUACUCUGUCGUCGGUGGGAGCAUCUGCCCUACGGGAGAGGAGGGGUGAACUGCUGGUCCUGGAAAUGCAAAUGAGACUCCUGAGUGCUAGAAGGGGUGGGGAUGGGGGUAGGGAGUGGGGGGGGUGGGGGGGUGGAGGGGGUGGGGGGGUGGAGGGGGGGCGGGGGUUGACUGAAGAGAGGUGGAGAGGGGACUCUGCUUAGGUCUACCUCAUAAGCAAAGGGCAAAAAAAGUGUCACAGACUGGGACCCAUAUUCUGAGUAAACAUUGAUGUGACUGUGAACUGAAA